AUGGUAAACACAAGGUCAUAUACCGAAAGAGCAGAUGCUCAUCCAUCUCCAGUAGCCAGACGUUUGUUUAACUUAAUGGAAUCCAAGAAAACCAAUUUAUGUGCCUCAAUUGAUGUUAGGACUACCAAUGAAUUCUUAACUUUAAUAGAUAAAUUGGGCCCUUACAUUUGCUUAGUCAAAACUCACAUUGAUAUCAUCGAUGACUUUUCUUAUGACGGUACUAUUGUACCAUUACUAGAAUUGUCAAAAAAGCAUAAUUUCAUGAUUUUUGAAGAUCGUAAAUUUGCUGAUAUUGGAAAUACUGUUAAAUCACAAUAUGUUGGUGGUGUUUACAAAAUAGCUGAAUGGUCCGAUAUCACAAAUGCUCACGGUGUUACUGGUACUGGUGUCGUCCAAGGUUUAAAACAAGGUGCAUUAGAAACCACCGAUCAACCAAGGGGUUUAUUAAUGUUGGCUGAAUUAUCUUCAAAGGGUUCAUUAGCAUAUGGUGAAUAUUCAGAGAAGACUAUCGAAAUUGCUAAAUCAGACAAACAAUUCGUAAUUGGAUUCAUUGCUCAAAGAGAUAUGGGAGGGUUAGACGAAGGGUUUGAUUGGAUUGUCAUGACUCCUGGUGUUGGUUUAGAUGAUAAAGGAGAUGGGUUGGGACAACAAUAUAGAAGCGUCGAUGAAGUUAUAAGCACUGGUACCGAUGUUAUUAUUGUUGGAAGAGGAUUGUUUGGUAAAGGAAGAGAUCCUGAUGUUGAAGGUAAGAGGUAUAGAGAUGCGGGUUGGAAAGCUUAUUUAGAGAAAACUGGUCGUUCGUAA